AUGAAUAUAUCUAAUUUAGAGAUUUGUUGCUUAGCUUAUGAUAAACAAUUCGAUCAAGUUAAAGCUAAAAUAGAAAGUGAUCCCGAAUGUCUCAAAAAGAAAGAUCGUGAUGGUCGUACUGUUCUUCAUUGGGCUUGUUCAAGUGGUGCAAAAGAUAUUGUGCAAUAUUUACUUGAAGUUUGUCAUGUUCGACCAGAUACUCCAGAUGAACUUGGUUGGACACCUUUGAUCAUUGCUGUAUCAACUGGUCAUAUUGAAAUUGUUCGAAUGCUUUUAAAAACAAAUAAAGUCGAUAUUGAACAAUCUAAUUCAUCCGGUGCACGACCAUUACAUUAUGCAUGUUCAAAAAACUUUUAUGAAAUAGCUGAAUUAUUACUUGAACAUGAUGCUGAUAUAAAUGCAACUGAUAAAUAUAAACAAACACCAUUAGAUCGUUGUUGUUCAAAAGGAAAUACGCAAAUAGUUCAAUUACUUUUAAAACAUCCGAAAAUUGAUCUAAGUAUGCAUAAAGAAUGUGAUGGAGAUCAUUCAUUGACAUCAUUUAAAAAAUGA